AUGAACCAAACGUCAAUAUUAUAGCAUAAUGACAUCUUGCUGCGGGUGGAGGAACAAACUUAUAAAUUAAACAGAAAUGAUAAUUAGUAGUAAUACUGUGGUAGCAAUGGGCAAAUUAAUAAUUAUUCGAAUUAGUAGAGUUUUAUUAAUGGAAUAAGUAGAUAAAAUCAUUUUAUUAAUCCUCAUCGCCAAUCGAAUAUAAGCAGCAAUGGAAUUAACCUGAAGGAUAAUAAUACUGUUUCUUAUAAAGUGAAUAUUUAUUAAGCUAAUAAUGCCUAGGAGUCUCGCACUCAAAUAAAUGCAUAAUAUUCAACUAUUCAUUAGAAUGGUUCAACGUAACCAAAUCAUUAGUAAUCAUAAAAGGAAGAUAUUUAGCAAAAAAAUUUACUGAAAACUCUAUUUUCUUGCCAUAUUAGUUGGAGAUUAGCUUUAUUCUGUGUUAUUUAGCUUAUGGAAAAGUUUUUUUUCUUUACACUCUUUCUGUAUUCAAUAACUGCUGAAGUUUUUCAAAUUAUAAUUGGACUUAUUUAUGGUAUUACUAGUGCAGCUAAAUACUUUCUAACUAUAUAUACAUUUAAUGCUGACUUGUCUGAGAACUCUAAUCUCAAUAAGGAUUGUAGCGAAGACGAAUCUGUAGAAUCGAAUAAGAUGAAAUUUUGCAAUAAAUGUCAAGAAAAAGUUAAUUUGGACUGUUUUCAUUGUGAAAUUUGUGAUGUGUGUAUAUAUAAAAAGUUUUUUCAUUCAAAACUUAUUGGAAAAUGCAUCUCUUAAAACAAUAAAAGGCUGAUCCAAAUAAUUAUUGGAAUGAAUAUAAUUGAAGGUCUUAUUUUCGUAGCUAUAGGAGUUGUUAGUAUUAGUAAGUGUAUAUAAGAUAUAGAUUCCUUCAAAAAUGAAGUCAUAUAAAUAUAUAAAAACGCGUCCAAAGAAGUAUUAAUGAUCAUCAUUUUAAUAUUAUUGGUGAUUAUCUCAAUCGCCGUUUUUAUAAACAGUCUAAUAUUUAAGAUACUUUAUUAAGCAAUAAAUUUUCAAGUAGAACGACCAGCACCAAAAUAGCCUAUUAACGAAAUACCAUAAAGAAUUCAAGAAAAUCCUAAAAGUCUCAACAAUAUACCUGGAUAACCAGGUUCAAUAUAACAUAUAACUGGUGGAAGUACUAUAUUUAAAAACUAAUAGUCCCUUAACAAGACUCCUACCUUAGUCCACAGUAUUUCAGGUCUAGGGAGACCUGAUAGGAGAAAGUUUGAAAGUCAUUGGAAAAUUAGUCCACCAGAUGGAAAGCAAGAAGUUUAAUAACUAGUUUCCAUGAAUAGUUACGGUACAAUCUAUAAUUUCAUCUCAAAAAAAGUAGCCUCCUGUGAAAAUAUAGAAAAAAUCCCAACUAACUCCCCUUCUAAAUCAAUAAAAUCUCUAAACAGCAUCGACUAAUCAAUAUUUAAAAAAACUCGAUAAAAGAGCUAAAACCUUUCAAAAAUAGAAAUAAAAAACGAAUUAAAAAAAAAAUAAACUCAAGAAAAUACUUUAAUUGUCUGA